UUCUGCGAUCCAUCCUUCCAUCUACCGUACCAUCGCGCAAAUAAAAAAAUUGCUCACGUCACCCCAGAUGGCACGUUAGUUAAGCCAACAACUCCCAACGGUAUUAAACUGGAGCAGUUUGUAUUUGAUGUCUUUGAUCGUAGCAAAAACUUCUAUAUCUGGGAGGUCGAGCGAGAAGAUGAGUUCAGUCCACUCAAAAAUGCAGAAUCAGCGGGAAAGGAUUGCCUGAGCACUUGCAGAAGGGAUUUGGCUUUCUUGCACAGGAAAUGGUUAAAAGCGGUCGGUGCCAAAAUGGGAAAUGAUCCCGUCUACCUGAGCAGCGCGCUGAGUUACUGCGGCGAGGGACUUGAACGCUUCAAAGAUCAGGAGGUGACGGGACCGCUGGUACAGUGAUC